CUCAUUGAAACGGAGGGGAAUAUGUCUUCAAACCAAAUGAACAAGGAACUAGAUUGAAACAAGGACUAUUUAUACAAAGAAAAGGUCCUAAAAACAUACGAACUAUAGAAUGUUGGAAACUUCUUCCUUAAAAAAUGGAAACUCUGGUGACCAUCCGGCAGAUUUUCCAGCAUCAAUCACCAAAGUCACCGGAAACAUCGAUCUCUUAACGGAGAUUCUCCUUUUUCUACCUCCAAAACCUCUUAUCCGUUUCCAAACCGUUUCUAAACACUGGUUUUCCAUCAUCUCAGCUCAAAGAUUCCGUCAACUUCACUGCCGGAAAAAACACAGUUCCGGCAAAGUUGACGGAAUUUUAUUCUGUUGGUGGGUCUAUGGUAACAACUAUGUUGACUUUAUCCCUUUCAAUAAUUGCAUGUCCAAAAAACAAAAGGGUAUUAUUCCUUUAGCAUUCAAGAAUAUUGUUGUUAACUCUACAUCUUCAAAGAUUGAACAUUUACAUUCUUGUAAUGGAUUGUUCUGUAUUGGUUUCAAUAUGGGUGUUGAAAAUGAUCAAGUGUACUAUGUUUAUAAUCCUAGUACAAAUAAGCGUAGGUUAGUUCCACUUCCAUGUACAAAGCCUCGUGAAGUUAUGGUAAUGAAUUUGGCUUUUGAUCCUAAGGUAUCUGAUUAUUAUAAACUUGUAUGUGUUAUAAAAUCAGAUGAGAUUUAUGAAUUUUCUGUAUAUUCAUCAGAAACUGGAGUUUGGAGAGAGUCAAUGGAGAUAUUGGAUAUAAAGCAACAAUAUUUUAUAGCUCAGGGUGUGUUCUUGAAUGGCUGCAUGCACUGGGUUAGUGAAAUGUUGUCCUUCUUAAGGUUCGAUUUGGAUUCUUUAAGCUUUAGAGCCAUGCCUAGCACAGUGAUUCCUAGUGGUGUGUUGAAAAGGAAUAUAAGGUAUUUUGGGCAGUUUAGUGGACAUUUGCAUCUUAUUGAAGUAUAUGGUUUUAUGUCAAUGAGUUUUGAUGUCCUUGAGUUGGAGACUGAUUAUUCUAAGUGGUUUGUGAAGUAUCGUGUUGAUCUUAGUUCAUUGCAUAUUGCUUAUCCAUUAAUGUUGAGUGAGGAACUUGAUUUACUAGAUGUUAACCGUCGCACUUGCAAUGUUGUAUGUGUUGUGGUGGAUGAUAAGGAAAAGACAACAAGAUUGUUGGUUAGCACACCGGAUGUUAUUGUUGAAUAUGAUACUCGUCGUAUGACAAUCAAAGAGGUUACGAGUGUAGAAAAUGGAAAGAUACCUGUUAUGUGGGAAGAUGUUUCGGUGUUUGAAUGGUAUGACACUCACCAAUAUGUUGAGACAAUCGCUUGUGUCUGAUAUUCCUAUACGGUUUCUUGAUAUAUUGCUCGGACUCUUAAAAAUUGAUGACAGGUGCUUGUCGUAUUCGUCAAAAAUAGUGUACUUUCUUUUAGAGGAUCUAAAAUAGUGCGGUAACAUUUUCGGAGAGCCAGAGCAAUAUACUAUAUUUUUCUAUUUAUGUUUGUUUACUUAAAGGAAAUAGUUGGUGAUAGGCGGACCACAUUCAUGUAACUCAAACAAUGUGGUCACUCAUCACUGAAGACGCCUGAUUAUAAUAUCUUGUUUUCUCUGCUUAAUGGCCUCUUUAUUGCAGGGACAUCAGACAAAAGUAUUUGUGCAAUUGUAAUUGUUGUUUGGCCAAUAAUCUCAUUUGUUGCUCUCUUCAUUUGUAAAUAUUUUAUAAAAUGAGUAGUUCCCUAGGGAUGUAAUUGAAGCGUAAAUGAUUUGCUGUACAUAGACAAUUCAAGUUGGA